UUGCAUAUAUACACUUGGAAACUUAAAAUAAAAGGAUCUCUUUUUCCAGGAAACUUUGAGAUGGCCACUAGUUUCAUUCGAACCCCUAGACAACAUGAGCAAGAUUGCCAUAUCCUUCACUCUUACUUCUCUGGCAAUUUUGGGGUAAUCAGCAAUGAAGAAGUCGUCAGAAUAUUUGUCAAUCGAGACUCGAAUGCGCUCAAGCUCGUUUGCCAAACUUACAGUCAUUGGUACGGCCAAGAUCUUCUUCAGUUUGUGUCGAAUGUUCAGAGGAAUAACUCGUUUGCGAGGAUAGCUUAUCUCCGCAUGGUUGAACCUUACGAACGUGAUGCUCAGCUACUGAGGCAUUCAUUGUUUGGGGGAAGUCUAAACCUCAAUACUCUAAUCGAAGUAGCUUGUACCAGACCAUCUUCGGAGCUGUUACAGAUCAAACAUUGCUAUCAAACUCAAUAUAAAUCCGACCUCGAAAAGGAUUUAACUAUGAAAAUCAGUGGCGGAUUCAAAGAGAUUCUGGUGACUGUUCUGAGAUCGUGUCGGAAUUACAGUAGUAAAGUAGACAUGAGCUUAGCAAUGUGCGAUGCAAAGACUCUGUAUGAAGCACUGGAAAGUGGGAAAAACAUAGAUCAGAGGACGAUAAUUUCGGUUUUGAGCCGAAGGAACAAUGGCCAAGUAAGAGCCAUACUAAGCUCAUACAAGCAACUUUAUGGCCAUGAAUUGAGCAAGUCCGUCAAGAGAAGCAAGUAUGGUCAAUUCGGGAAGGAGCUUCAAGUCGUGAUCCGAUGCAUACAACAUCCAGAGAAAUUUUUCGCAAAACAACUGAGGAUGAAAAAUGCAGAUGGACGAGAGAUUUUGAUUCGAACGGUGGUUACCAGAUCGAGAAUCGACAUCAAAGGGAUAAACAAAGCUUUUGCAACAAAAACAGGCAGCUCUUUAGAAAACCUUGUGGUACGAGAAUUCGGCAGCAGUAAGAACAAGAAUAACGACAUUGUGGUCGGUAUCUUGGUCGGGCUAAUCAAAGGUGGCUAAAGACACAAUUUAGUGGAAUAUGGUUCAGGAUCAAGGCAGAUUUGGUGCAUAAAUGAAUUGUCUUGUUUAUAUGUUUCUAAAUUAACAAUUCAUUGUAAUUAUCAACAAAGAUCCCUGUCCGAACAUAUCUUUUUGGGUACAUAUGUAAGAAUAAGAUAAGAAAAGAUAUGUAAGAACUGCAAUA